AUGGAUAGUCCCAGCAAACGGUCUGCCAAACGUCGCGCAGACAGAGAUAGCAGGGUUGGCGCUGCUUCCCGCUCUGUCGAGAAUCAGCGGCCGACGCCGCCCCUCUCGUCUCCUUGGGUCUCAGGGCAACGAUCCAACGGCACAAUUCUAUUUAGUGAUCCAGAGACGAGGCUUGAUGGCAGUCCCGCUUCUACCGAGGCUCGUGUGGCAAAGUGUGAAAGAAGGAUCCUGGACCACAACAACUUGAUCCUCAAUCACGACUUGAAAAUCGCCUCGCACGAGGCUCACUUGGCUAAGCAUGACACGGAGAUUGAUAGCAUUCUCUCGCGACUGAGAUCGGUCGAGGGAAGGCUUCGAUUUGACCGUGAGUCUCCAGCAAGGGCAGAUGACGACAUACGAAAGCGCGUCGACGAGCUUACCGGCAGAUUUAACAGCCGCGAUAGCUACAUUCGGAGUGAGGUGCGAAGACAUUGGAAAGCCGUCGAUGAGCAGGUGCGCGUCAACGAGAGGAUCGACAAGCUGAGCAAGGAAAUCACGGCCCAAGAAACGCGUCUUGAGGACUGCCAGAAGGCAGUAGAUAAGAAGUUACGAACAAGUCAUAAGAUCAAGAAGCUAAGCGCUCGCAUCGCUCAGCUAGAGAGCAAGUUGAGCGAUGACAAGAUUGUGGUCCUAUCGGCCACGCCCGCGGAUGCCGGUGGACAAGCUCCUUUGGAUAUCCCUUGGUUGGCGGCUCAACUGAGCGCGGGUCAGACGAUAGUCUAA